CACAGCUUUGCUUGGUUCACUGGGCUCUCCGUCAGACUUCUCCACAGCUGGUGAGCACUGUUUGUCCGCAGAGGCCUUUAAACUCAAAGAUCAGAGACCAUGGGAGAGUGGGGAUUUCUGUCCUCUCUGCUGAAUAAGGUCCAGUCCCACUCCACCGUCAUCGGGAAGGUCUGGCUCACGGUGCUGUUCAUCUUCAGGAUCAUGAUCCUCGGAGCCGGAGCAGAGAAGGUGUGGGGUGACGAACAGUCCCAAAUGAUAUGCAACACCAAACAGCCUGGUUGUAAGAACGUCUGCUACGACCACGCCUUCCCCAUCUCACACAUCAGAUUCUGGGUCCUCCAGAUCAUCUUCAUCUCAUCACCGACGCUCAUCUACCUCGGACACGUCCUGAAUGUCAUCCACAAUGAAAACAAGCUGAGAGAACAUAUGAAGAACCACUCCACGAGCAAAAUCGUGAAAGUUCCCAAGUACUCUGACGAAAGCGGCCAUGUCCAGAUUAAAGGCAACCUGCUGGGGAACUACAUGACCUCCAUCAUUUUUAGAAUCGUUUUGGAGGUAGGGUUCAUUGUUGGGCAGUAUUAUCUGUACGGGUUCAUCAUGGACCCGAGAAUAGUCUGCUCCCGAGCCCCCUGCCCCUUCACCGUGGAGUGCUACAUGUCUCGCCCCACAGAGAAGACCAUCUUCAUUAUCUUCAUGCUCGUAGUGUCCUGCAUCUCUGUCCUGCUCAACGUAAUGGAGAUCUUCUACCUGGCCUGUUUACGCUCAGCCAGACGAAAGUCUAAAAAAACAGUCGCGUCUACGGCCAUCACUCUUCACCCGCGUCUAAAUGGAGGCAUUCUGAUGAGUGACAAGAUGAGCCUCCAUGAUGCCUGAAUAAUGCCAUUUAAAUUGUGUAAAAAAUGUACACAGUUGCACAAUUACUGAGAAAUGUUUUUGACUGAAAUUAGUCCAGUUAUUUAUUUAUGUAAUGCUUAAGAAUUUCAGACACAAACGAGGCAACCUUUGAAAAGUGUACAGAAAGGGAGUAUUUUGUUCCUUGCUGUUUUUUGUACUUUACACAUUUCCGCUGGCUUAAAGCCAUUUGGUUUAGCUUAAAGCUUUUUGUUGUUGCUCAGAAACGGUUUUAAGGGCUGUUUUUGCCAUCUUACUUUUAAGUUUCUUCAAAAACGCAAAAAUUGCAAGCCCAACUUGUAAUAUUUUAGUAACAAAUCAAUCUUCUUCCCCUGUUUUGUAUUUGAAUGUGAUUGUAUGUGCCUUGCGUUUGAGUAUAUUGUAA